AUGGCGCCUCCGGCGGAGGGCGAGGAAUUCAUCCACCGACCGACCGUCGUCUCGACCACCUCGGCCACUUCUCGACCGCGUCACAAAACUUUCGAGCUGUUGGGACCAUUCAACAACAUUUCGUUAGCCGAUAUGUACAAAGUUUGCGGGAAAAUUAUCGGCAAAUUUCCGAUUCCAUUUAUCAUAGCGACGGCGAUCAUGUGCAGUGCGUCGUUAGGUGCGAUUGGUCUGCAGAUGAAGGAUAAUGUCCGUGACGGUUAUACUCCGAAGAACUCGCAAUCACGGCUGGAAAAUCGGAUUUAUCGAGAAUUUCUGGGGUCCGAGGGAGAUCCGGUGAUGACUACGGUAUUGAUGACCGCCAAGGACGGAGGAUCCAUGCAUCGGAUUGAGUACUUGGAAGAGGCGCAAAGGCAAUGGCUCUACAUCUCGAAAAACCUCUCUGCUGACGUCGGCAAUGGAGAAUUCAUGAAGUUCGGAGACUUCUGUGGCCACUACUGCCAGGCCAACGACAUCCUAAAUUACUUCUUGUCCGCUUACAAAACCAAAUCGGAAGAUCCGAAACGCGAUGGUUAUCAGCUGGACUACCCCAUCGCCACCAUCAUGGGUUAUCAGUUGCAUUUGGAGCGCAACUUUUUUGGUGUCACUAUAAACCAAUCAGAUCCAGUGACCAAUAUCCAGGACAUGCGAGUUUUGGCACUUCCAGUUUUGUCGGAAGUCAAGACUUUCGAAGAUACGGACAAGUUGAACAAGUGGGAGCUGGCUGUUUAUAAUUAUGCGACGAUUUAUUCAGCAUUGGAAGGACCACAUAAUUUGGUGGAGAUUAAUGUCAUUGGAGCCGAGGUAGUAGACACUGAGAUGAACAAAGACGCGCAGAAAAUGGUCCCAUAUUUCAUUGUAGGAAUCAUCUCUAUGAUUCUUUUCAUCUUCCUCACCGUCUCCAUUUCCGCUUCCUACUAUGGAUACUUCUCUUGGAGAAUCGCUUUGAUUGCUUUGGCCUGUCUGAUGGUCCCAAUUUUAGCGAUUCUAUCCGCUUUCGGAAUCAAUAACAUGCUGGGAAAUCGAACGAAUAGUCCUAUGAUGAUAAUGCCGUUUUUGAUUAACGGGAUCGGUGUGAACGAUGCGUUUUUGACACUUCAGAAUUGGUUGCAACAUAGUCCGGAUCUUCCGAGUGGAAAGCGAUUGGGGUAUAUGUUAGCUGAAGCUGGUCCAAGUAUCACUACGACGACACUGACAAAUGUUAUUGUGUUUUUGAUUGGGUGGAUGAAUCCGACGGAAGAAAUGUCAAUCUUCUGCCUUGGAUGUGCCAUUUCUCUGCUGCUUGCCUACGUCUACACACUCACAUUCUUCUGCCCGAUUUUGGUUUUGCUGCUGACCGACAGGGUUAAGGAACCGAGCAAGCUCGAAUCCUUGUUCAACAAGGCACUCAGCUUCUAUGCAAAAAUUAUUUGCUCCCGAUGGACAUUUUUGCUUCUAAUCGUCGGAUCACUUGUUUACUGGGGAUUCGGAAUCUAUGGAACCCUUGGAAUCCGUGCCGUUCUGAAUACCGCUAAAAUCCUUCCUCUCGAAACCCCAAUUCGAAAACCCAAUCGAAUCAUUGAGGAAACUGUCUGGAAGGAGUUCUAUCCGGUUACUGUAAUUGUGAAUAAUCCAGUGGACAUUGGAAAUCCAGCCAAACUAAGCAUCUUUGACAGUUUGGUAGCGGAUUUUGAGUCUAUGGAAAAGUGUCGGGGGUCGGAGUACACAAUUAGUCCGAUUCGAGAUUAUCAAACCUAUUUCUAUGGUGUCGGAGCUGAGGAAUUUGAUUAUGAGGAGGAGACAGUAACCAAUACAAGUACCAGUUUGGAUACAAGUAAGCUAUCUGCAUUCCUGGCAAGCCCGAUCUACAAACAUCACAAGGGAACUCUGAAGCUGAACUUUUCGAAUCCAGUUCCAAUCAGAAAAGUGCAGCUGAUCUUUGCCUAUGAAAAUGUGACAUCUUGGGAUGAUCGGAUUCAGAUUAUGAAAGAUUGGAGGCACAUCGCAAGUUCCUACAAGUCGUUGAAUGUAUCCGUGUGGAAUGUGAACGCUAUGUUUGUGGAUCAGAUGCUCAGUUUGAAAGGAUUAGCGAUUUCGAACGCACUGGUCACAUUGGGAUGUAUGGCUGCUGUCUGCAUCGUCUUCAUCCGUAAUCCUCUAUCCGUUUGCCUCGCCACCGCCGCCAUCCUUUCAAUUUCCCUCGGAGUCACCGGAUACCUCUGCUUCUGGGACCUAGACCUGGACCCUGUGACCCUAUGUGCCGUUAUUGUAUCAAUCGGAAUGUCGGUAGAUUUUGUGGCACAUGUCGCGUGCCAUUAUCAGGUCCGCUUCAAAGAGUUUGAGGAGGACGGAAUUGUCAAAAAAAUUGAGAUGAAGACUCCCGAAUCUCGUGUGGUUAACUCGUUGUCCAAUGUUCUCUGGCCAAUGGUUCAGUCGGCGUUUUCGACACUUUUAUGUGUAUUGCCACUGGCGAUUCUGCAGAACUACCUCCCAAUGGUUUUCGUCAAAACCAUCCUUCUAGUCGUCAUCUGGGGAAUGUUUCAUGGCUUAGUCCUUCUUCCAUGCAUCCUGGCUCAAUUCCCCCUUUCUGUAUUCAACAAAACGUUCUCGGAUCUCCUAUUCGGACGAACGUCUUCUUCGUCGUGCUCUUCGGAAACCGAUUCUGAUGAGGAUACGACGGCGGAGGCUCAGGAGAUGUUGCCGUUGGCUGGAUCCGAAAAGGCCUAA